GGUUCCCUCAACUGUUAGGGUGUGGCACUUUUUCACGCAGCUAUCCUCAUCCAUUCUCACCACAUGUCCAUACCAGCGCAAUCGUCUCUCUUGCACACCACAACUGAUGCUUCUAAUUUUAAAUUUAAAAGAGAGUCUUGACGCUGAUAUCCAUUAUUAUUGAAAUUUAUUCCUAUCACAACAUUUCUGUAUAAGGCUAUAUUUAUACACACACACACACACACACCUCACACACACGUGUACAUGAAAAAGAGGGUGAAAGAGAGGAGGAAGUGCAAUAGAAUGUAAGCAACAGCAUUCUUCUGCAAAAGAAUGCAAUUACCCUGUAAAAUGGAAUUUCACUUCCAGGAAUUUGGUCAUCAUGUAAGAAAUGGAAAUGGAAUUAUGCGUCAGCAAUUAUAAUUAUCAAGAGAGAAAUGGAAGUAUUUCAUCAGGAACCUCGAUUGAAAUGAAAAUGGAAUUACAGUCCAAAAAUGUAAUUUUCAAGUAAAAAAAUAGAAUUAUGCUCUGAGGAAUGUGGUUAUAUGAAGGAAAUGGAAUUAUUGUUUGAGAAUGUAAUUUUCAUGUGAAAAUGGAAUUUGUGCUCUGAGGAAUGUAAAAUGUGAUUAUCAAAAAGAAAUGUAAUUACAGUCAAAAUAUGUAAUUUUUAUGUAAAAAUGGAUUAUCAUUGUAAGAAAAAUGGAAUUAUCAAAAAUAAAUGGAAUUAUAGUUUGAGAAUGCAAUUAUCAUUUGAAAAUGGAUUUAUAAGGCAAGGAAUGCAAUUACCUGUUUUAAAAAUUGGAAUUAUGUUACAAUGAAUGUAUUUAUCACAACACAAAUGGAAUUAUAAUGCAAAGAAUCUGAUUAUGAUGUAAAAAAAAUGGAAUUAUUGUUCAAGGAAUUCAAUUACUCUUUAAAAAAGUUCAUUGGUCAGUUGAACAACCAGUCAAAUGUCAAGCCAACAAUGGCGUCAUUCUGAAGAGCAAAGAGCCAUUAUCCAUUGCAGUCGGUCAGUUAGCUAGUCACCUAUCCUCCCUGCAUCGGGCAUCACAUCACCAAAGGUUUUGCUGUCGAUGGCCUCACAGCAAUGAUUUUAAGAUGUCACCGAUUCUUCUUCGGAGUCUCUGCUUAAUUUUUGUGAUUUCCUCAUUGACCAAUCAUAUAACAGCUUCUACGAUGACCCCAUCGAUUCCAUCACACAGCGUCACAACUGCUGCUAGUGUUUCUGCUGCUGCUGCUUCUGCUGCUGUCGUUCCUUCUGAUUCGUCACCGCGAACAAUGGCGAUGAUAACAAGGACCCUGCAGCCUGACAAAGGGAUUAUUAUGACUCGGCUUGCACCAACUGCUGAACUUCCGCCUCCUCAACAGACAUCAACCGAUUCCUUGCAGGGUUCAGGGUUGAUCAACUCCAAGAUGGAUGACCUGACAUUGUCGAAGCCAACGAAAUGUUUGACAAACGUUAGCAGGCAGGGAACAAUGCCAGGCAAGGUUUUCUCCCCUGAGGAUAGCUUCAGUUCUCUGAGAGAAACAGAGAGAGAUUUGGACGAAAUGAACUCAAGUGCUAUCCAAAGUGACAAUAGUGAUGCUUUGUCAAAAGAAAAUACCUCCAGCUUUAAGAGACGAGCAACCAAAAAUCAUAGCAAAAUGAAUGCAAGUGUUUUCAAAGCAGACGAGAGUGACGUAACACCUCAAACACAUAGACUUAGUUACAAGAGACAAACAGAUAGAACCCCUGAUAAAAAUGACACGGGUUUGCUCCAACGAGACCAUACUGAUAAUAUAUCACAUACAAAUAACUCCAUUUUCGAUGGACAAACAGACAUACAUCUUGAUAAGAACAGCACAGAUGUUUCCCAAAGUGGACAUACAAACAUUACACCACAGGCAAAUGAUUCUGUUUACAAGAGACGAACAGACAGACAUUUCAAUAAAAAUGACACAGUUGCUUUCCGAAGAGACUAUACUGACAAUAUUCCAAAUGCAAAUGGCUCCAUUUCCAAGAGAAAAACAGACAGACAUCUCAACGGAAAUGAUACAGAUGUCUUCCAAAAAAAUCAUACUGGUGCUAUAUCACAUGCAAAUGGCUCUGCUUAUGAGAGACAAACAGACAGACAUUUCACUAAAAACGACACACGUGUUUUCCAAAGAAACCAAACUGACAUUGCCCCACAAACAAAUGUCUCUAAUUACAAGACACAAACAGACAGACACUUCCAUAAAAAUGACACAAGCAUUUUCCAAACAGACCAAACUGAUAUUGCCCCACAUACAAAUGGCUCUGGUUACGAGAGACAAACUGAUAGACACAUUAAUAAAAACAACACAGAUAACUUCCAAAGAGAAAAUACUAGCGUUAUAUUGCAUGGAAACAGUUCUGACUAUGAGGGACUAACAGACAGACAUUUGAAUAAAAACAACUCAGAUAUUUCCCAAAGAGACAAAAGUAACAUUGUACUUCAGUCAAAGAACUUCGGUUAUAAGUGGAAAGCAAACCAAAGCCUCAAUAUAAAGGACGUUAAAGUUUUCCUGGCAGAUGACAGUAAUGUAACUCCGAGAACAAAUUCUUCAGGUUACAAGAGAUGGCAUGAUGAGAGAUCCAGUAAAAUAAAUGCUGUUAUUUCUGAUAUGAAUACCUCCAAAAGUCUAUCAGUAGCGAAUUUUACAAGUUACAGGAAAUGGAUAACCAACAAAAUCCUUGGUAGAGAUAAUACUGCUUUUUUUCCGAAGGCCAUAUCUAAUAAUAGAAACGCAACAAAUGACUCCAGUGAUGGUGGAAGGUUUAGCAAAGAAGAUGUGGGUGUUUUCAAAACAGAUCCCUUCAGAAGUUUGCCCUCAACUACGGUGAGAGAUGGUGUAAACCCGACAAGUCCCCUUGAAAAGUUACCUUCAACAACAGAGAGAAGACGCUUAUAUCAGAACAACUCCCAUAAAGAUUUUCCCUCUGCAACACAGAGAGAAAGUGUAUACGAGACGAGCCCCCUUAAAGAUAUACCCUCAACAACAGAAAGAAGAAGUAUACAUCAAAUAAAUCUCCUUAAAGAGUUACCUUCAACAACAGAGAGAGGAGGCUCACAUCCGACGGAAUCCUACGAUGGUUUGUCCUCAGCAGUAAAAAUAAGUGAUAUGCAUCAGUCAAACUCUCUUGAAGGUUUGCCAACCCCAGCAGAAGGAAGAAGAGAACAUCAGACAAACGUUCUUCAUGGUUUACCCAUUACGGAGAGGGGAAUUCAGCCAUUAACGAAGAACGAGAGAUCUUAUUCGCAUUCCAAACUUUCGAGAGAAGACGACACUUUUCGUGAUAGCACACAUGCGUAUGAUGCGCAGCAAUUUCUGUCAUUUAGACAUGCUAAUAGAACUUCCAUUGGUGACCCUCCAGACGACAUCAGUGAACGGAAAAGAGAAGGGGUAGGAAUAGAAGGAGAGCAAGAAGAAGAAGACGAAGAUGAAGACGAGUCGGGAGAUGGAAGUGAAGGAGAAUUUGGGCAAAAGAGUUUUAUAUACAAUUCUAGCAACACUUCGAUAGAGUCGGACAUAAUUCAAAGCGAUACAGGCGCUUGGACGACGAGGGACAAAUUGGAUGCUCCAAAUGUGAUCCGUCUGGGUUAUUUGACUGGCUCCCAGACCAGAACAAUGAGAAGAGAGAACAGCAAUAUAUACAGGCGUAGCAUUAGCAGUGGUAGUAGUACCAGUAGUAGUAGUAGUAGUAGUAAUAGUAAAAGACGUGGAGAUGAAUAUUAUCGAAGGCCAGGCCAGGCAAUUUCUGGAGCUCUGAGCCUAGCGGUGGCCGAGAUCAAUAGUAACCCAUCAAUACUUCCCGAACACCGACUGGAAUUCAUACCACAGGAGACUUACGGUGAGGAAUCGGAAAGCAUUCGUAAAACGACGCUGCUGCUCGAUGCCAACAUUUCAGCUUACAUUGGUCCCCAAGAGACAUGCUUAUAUGAGGCCAGAAUUGCCGCUGUCUUCAAUGUACCGAUGUUGUCCUAUUAUUGCUCAGACUACACAGUCAGUGACAAACAGCGGUACCCAACCUUCAUCCGGACCAAACCCACAGAGGCCCAAAUCUCCCAGAGUGUCGCCUCUCUCUUAUUGACCUUCCAGUGGACAAAGGUCACUUUUGUCUACUCAGAUGAAAUGGAGUUCCAGUUCACAGCUGAGGCUAUUGUCAAGCUGCUCGAAGCUAACAAUAUAGCGGUGACCCAGCAGGAGAUGUAUGACGGCCCCUACUUCCACAAUCACGUGGAGAACCCUUUUGCAGACAUUGUCUCGCGGACCUACGUGGACACACGGAUCUAUGUGAUGCUGGGCCAGUCGUACGACUUUGUUGGCCUGAUGUCGAACCUGUACGAGAGAGGAUUGCUGGACAGUGGAGAGUAUUUCGUUGUUGGCGUCUAUUUGGAUUAUUAUGAUUACAGCAACCCAGCCAAGUACCUUGCGGGUACGUUUGUGUUCCAAAACCUUGAUCUUAUCGCCGUGGCAUUCAAAUAUUACAUAGGGGUGAUCCACUCGAGCCCUAUGUACCCUGAAUAUACCCAGUUCACUGAGCAAGUGAACCGCUACCUUCAGCUGCCGCCUUUCAACCACCACAACCCCUACGAUGCGAUCAAUAUAAAUAAGAUCUUACGACCCGAAGCAGCAUACCUGUACGAUGCAGUGAAACUGUAUGCAGACGCAGCCCACCUGGCCUGGAAGGAGGGUCAAGCGGUGGACAACGGGCAGGAGAUCUUCAACAGGAUUCAGAAAAGGACAUUCAAAAGUGCCAGUGGCCUAUUCUUUCGUAUAAACUCUGAUGGUGAUGUAGAAGGUAACUUUUCACUGGUGGCAAGGCGUUACACGAAAAGCAAGGGCUGGGGAUUGUAUCCUGUCGGGGUUUUCCUGCUAAGUGAAAAUCUCACGGGCCAUCCGACAUUCCACCUGUAUGAGGGCGAGAAAAUAAUGUGGCCUGAUGGGAAGGCACCUCCCCUUGAUGAACCCCCAUGUGGGUACAGAGGGGAGCGCUGUAUCCCCCCCAAAAAUUACAUCAGAGAGAUUAUAGGUGGCGUUGUUGGUGGUAUUGCUGUGGUCAUUAUUGUCUUCCUGGUUGUAAUCUACAGGAACUGGAAGUAUGAGCAGGACCUUGCCAGCCUCUUGUGGAAGAUUGACUACAAGGAGAUCACGUUUCGCGAGCCCCUGGGGACCACUCCCACACAGAAUUACACAAGGGUAGGUGGUAGAAUCUUCAAUGAAGCGCGGCACCUCUACACGAGGGUCGGCACGUACCGAGGUCAGUUGGUUGCCAUCCGACAUGUCAACAAGAAGCAAGUAGAACUCACCCGAGCCGUGAGGAAGGAGUUGAAGAUCAUUCGGGAGCUGAGACAUCCGAACAUCAACCCUUUUAUAGGGGCCUGUGUUGAUGGACCCUAUGUUCUGAUAAUCAGUGAAUACUGCUCCAAGGGUAGCCUUCAGGAUAUUCUAGAAAAUGAAGAGCUGCAACUGGACAGAAUGUUUACCGAUUCCUUGGUCCAUGAUAUCAUCUUGGGUAUGAGUUACCUCCAUGACAGUGAGGUGAAGUCCCAUGGUAAACUGAAGUCCUCCAACUGCGUAGUGGACAGUCGAUGGGUGCUUAAGGUCACCGACUUCGGCCUGCAUCAGUUUAUGGCUGAUGCUAAGGACGACAUUGGGGAGUUUGCCUACCACAGAAGUAAGUACUGCUCAUCCACCACCCUCUUCUUCCUGCUUUCUCCUCUUUGUCUUUCCCUCUUUCCCUUCUCUCUCAUUCUAUCUCUCUUCUCUCUUUUCUCUUCUCUCUCUCUCAGUCUAUCUCUCUCUCUCAAUCUAUCUCUCUCUCUCAGUCUAUCUCUCUUCUCUCUCUCUCGAUCUUCCUCACACCACAUUACAUUACAUACCUCUUCUAUCUCACCUCCAGAAAUCAUCGAACGUGUCCGUCGGCCCCACAACGGCGUACCAUUCCGGCCGCGGUUGGCUGCCCUCGAAACCAUCGAACGCUGCACCACCGACGUCAUCAAGGAAUGCUGGGACGAGGAACCAAACAAACGACCAGAUUUCAAGGUCUUACGCCACAAACUGAAACCAAUGUUGAAGGGCAUGAAAUCCAACAUCUUCGACAACAUGGUGGCUAUGAUGGAGAAAUAUGCUAGUAAUUUGGAAGCGGUGAUCCAAGACAGGACUGGGCAAUUAAUUGAGGAGAAGAAGAAGACAGAAGAACUGUUAUUACAGAUGUUACCACGGUCUGUGGCAGAACAACUGAAGCGUGGAAAGAAAGUGGAGGCUGAGAUGUUCGACAGCGUGACGAUAUACCUGAGUGACAUUUGUGGAUUUACAGCAAUGUCUUCAGAAAGUACCCCCAUGCAGGUAGUCAACACAGCGUCGCGCAUGGAGUCAACCGGACAGCCCCUUAAAAUCCACUGUUCCCAACAAUGUAAGGAGUUAUUAGACCAGCUUGGUGGUUAUGAGGUCGAAGAACGUGGUAUAGUACAUCUGAAGGUGAGUCACACUGACAAGGGUUCAAUUCCCUGUUGCUUUUACCCAUAUUUCUCUACGUGUGGGUGUGUGUCUUAGCUUUUAGCUCUCCAAUGGACUGUGAGUGGGCAGAGCAUUUUUGUUCAGUUUUCUAAACGUGAGAAAAAUAAGU